UAUCGACUCGCACGUUUUGUACUCGAAAGUAGCGCAAAUUACUUAAAAAUACCAGAAACGAAAAUAUUGGAACAGCCCCUGGCCCGGCCUGGUCUGCUGUGGUCUGCCAUUCCGUUGUGCUCUUCUGCCAGUUUCUGUCCAACCACACACGAGAACACCUCUAUAGCCAAGAGCCGCAGACGCAGCUGGUGCCGCUUCAUUCCCCUUCGUUGUUCGCCGCGUGAAAAACAUGAAAUUGAAAAUCAAUUUGACGUUCCUCUGGGCGACACUAGUCGGCCUCUUGUCCAUCAUUCUAUUGACACACACCGCACAAAUUGAGGCAUCGAGCGCUGGCACUGAUGCGGUAUGCAAGGAGCUGAACAAUGUCAACUGCUAUGUGGGCCGUAACGAGGGAAACUUCUGCAACAGCAAGGACCAGACCAAGGCGGUCACCCGGUGGUAUUACGACAAGGGCAUCUGCCGAUCCUUCACCUACAAGGGCUGCAACGGCAACCGGAACCGCUUCUGCACCCAGGAGAGCUGCGACGUGCGCUGCGGCGACGAUUGACCAGGAAUAUAGUCCCUAUGUCCCCCUAUAUCACCUUAGACGAUAAGUUUGUAUGUUUAGGCUAAGCAUUCAGAGCAAAUAGAGAUCGGAUCGCAGGCGUCCGAGUCCGAGCAGCCGCUA